AGUUCACUUCUCUAAGAAGAUUUGUCCAGGCACACGCCAAAACACAAAAACAAACCUUCAAGAACAGAUCAGUUUAAUAUUUAUAUAUAAACAAAACAAAUGGAUGUUGGUUUAAUACAAGAUCUGCCCAUGUUGAAUUUUCCAUCACCCAUCAAGAUUCGAUCCAACAUAGAUGAUGACGGCAACAGCGGCGGCUGCACCACUCCCACUUCCUCCCAUCACAAGAUUCCUCCCUUAACCGCCACUACUCCUCCUCCUCCGCCGCAGAAACGGCGCCCACCUCCGACGCCGUCAUCUCUAGUCAGAUCUUGCAAGAGGAAGCUUAUGACGUCAUCCAAGUUUGAGAUAAUCGUCAACAAAGAUGAGAUCGAUCGCUUCUUCUCCUCUGUUUACAACCAGACGGUGACGUCAUCCCCCAGAACCACAACCACCACUACCACUACGACGGCUCUGACGGUGUCCAAGCGACGGAGAAGUUUCCGUUCUUGCUCCAGGAAAUAAUCAAUAUUUGGAAUUAACCACUAUCAUGUUAAAGGUUCUUUCAUUCAGAUAGCUUUUUUCUAUUUUUAUUUUAUUUUAUUUUAUUUUCUGCAUGUAAUGAUUUCGACUUUACACGUCUACCCACUCUAUAAAUAUACAUGUGCGAUCGGUAGAUGGUAUCUUUUCUUACUAAUUUCAUUUGAAUUAUGAGAAAUUUUAAUAAUAUAGUUUUGCUAGCUUUUUGUAAACGGAUGAAAAAUUAAUAAAAUAUUUCAGAAAGAAAUUGUACACUAACGA